CUGGACUUCAUACUGCCUGUGACUAUUGGUGUAGUGUGUGCAGGAUGCUGACGUCACGGGGAAGUUAAAGUGUUGCUGGUGCCUUGUAAGUGUUGCAGUGUGUGAGCUGCCAGACAGGGAAGGAAGAAGAUGCCAUGGUGCAAGUUUUCCCUCUUGCCCACAUUUAAAUUCUUUUCUCAAUCCCUAAUUAUCAAAGUAGAAGUAAAUCACAAGUUAAUUGCUUAACUGCUUACUUCCUGACUUUCUACAUUUUUAUACUUUGGUUGUACAUUGCUUCCAUACUGUGUCAAUGUUUCAGAUCUUUUUCUGGAAGAUUCUUUGUGUUCUCUGAGAUCAUUUGAAGAUUCCAGUACUCCAAAAUUUUGUCACACUGGGUACUUAAUGGGGAGCACUUCUAUCUGUUCAUUCUUCACAGUCAAGGGGGGCGCAGACUAUUUUGUAGGCCUCUCCUUGAAGCGGUGGCCACUAUCCCCUCUAAGCGAAAUUUAUUUGUUAACAUCAGGAAAAUCUAGAGAUUGCUGUCAUGGCUCCUGUCACUGAGCAAAUGGAUGAGUGUGCAAGUAAUGGGGUAGCUCAUCAUGUUCUAGAAAGCCACCAAGUCUUGGAUGUGGAGCACAGCCCACUAAUGGCAACACCUGGUUUUGUGGGGCCUAAAGAAACUCAGCUAAUUGGCUUAGGAUCCCGUGCAAAUACCAAAGGUGUACAGGAGGAGGAUUCCUUGCUGGAAAAUGGAAGCCAGAGCACAGAAGGUGAUGACCACACCGUGGACCCAGCUUCUGAAAUAGUAGCCCCCCUUAAAGAGACCUCAUUCUCCAUAGGUCUGCAGGUCCUCUUUCCUUUUCUCCUUGCUGGAUUUGGCACUGUGGCAGCUGGAAUGGUUCUGGAUAUAGUGCAGCAUUGGGAUGUCUUCACAGAAGUAACAGAAGUUUUUAUCCUUGUGCCAGCUCUGCUUGGGUUGAAGGGUAACCUGGAAAUGACACUGGCAUCUCGUCUCUCUACUGCCGCAAAUAUUGGGCAAAUGGAAACUUCCAAAGAAAAAUGGGCAAUGAUUAUUGGCAACAUGGCAUUGAUACAGGUCCAAGCUACAGUUGUUGGAUUCUUGGCUUCCAUAGCAGCAGUUAUUUUUGGCUGGAUCCCAGAUGGAAUCUUCCGCAUUGAUCAUGCUGUCUUGUUGUGCGCAAGUAGCGUUUCCACUGCAUUCAUAGCUUCUUUGAUUCUUGGACUGGUGAUGAUCGGUGUGAUUAUUGGUUCGAAGAAGUUGGGCAUCAACCCAGAUAAUGUAGCAACGCCUAUCGCUGCAAGUUUAGGAGACCUGGUUACUCUGGCAUUGCUUUCUGGAAUCAGCUGGGGACUCUACAAGGAGAUGAAAAAUCAUGUUUUCAUGAACCCAAUUGUCUGUGUACUGUUCAUCGCUCUACUACCUAUAUGGAUUGUGAUCGCGAGGAGGAACCCAGCAACACGAGAGGUGCUUGCCAAUGGGUGGGAGCCAGUCAUCAUUGCCAUGGCUAUUAGCAGUGUAGGAGGAUUGAUUUUGGAUAAAACUGUAUCGAACCCAAACUUUGCAGGGAUGGCUGUCUUCACACCUGUUAUCAAUGGAGUCGGAGGGAACCUUGUUGCAGUUCAAGCAAGUCGCAUAUCCACCUACCUCCAUAUGUUGGGGACACCAGGAGAAGACCCAGGGCUUGGCAUACGCAAGUGUCCAAAUCCAUGCUGGACAUUCUUCAGUUCUGAUGUGAAUUCACGAUCCACCCGUGUGCUUUUCUUGCUUGUGGUCCCUGGGCAUCUUGUUUUCCUGUACACCAUAAAUUCUAUGCAGGGUGGGCACACUACUAUGACUCUCAUCUUUAUAGUUUUCUAUAUGACAGCAGCUCUGCUUCAGGUCCUGGUUCUCUUGUACAUCGCUAACUGGAUGGUUCGUUGGAUGUGGGGCCGAGGGAUGGACCCUGACAACUUUUCAAUCCCUUAUCUCACUGCAUUGGGUGAUCUUUUAGGAACUGGAUUGCUGGCUCUAAGUUUCCAUGUGUUGUGGCUCAUUGGGGACCGAGAUACUGAUGUUGGCGAUUGAAUCUAGCCUUCCAUGGGAAUGUCUUUCUUAACCUGGAUGCUGGAUUCCCUGGUUAAAGAAAUGGGGACCACUAAACUGCCUGGAGGACCUCAUACCUAAAGGACCAGUGCAAUUUCUCUGCUUGUCCAUUUCUGUAUGCAAAGGAUGCGUAUGCAAGCUGCUUCUAAAUUCAAAUUGAAUAGCAGCUCAGGCUUAGUAUUGCAGUAGAAUCUGUUAAAGUCCUAUACAUUGUAUAGAAGGACUGGUUUCCUAGAAUGUUCUGUCUUCCCGUUACAAAUGACUUAUUCGCUCCUCUGCAAUGGGAAUGUGUAAUAGUCCACAUUAAAGUGCAGAUACCGAUGACCUCCUUAAUUACAUACAA